CAACAUGCAAUGUAAUCAAAGUACAGAGUGACCGUUGAAUGUUAAUUGUUAAUAAACAUUGCACAAUUUUUACAAACUUCUAUUAAGUGGACACCCUCUAUUAAGUGGACACUUGGGAAGGUCCUGAAGGUGUCCACUUAAUAUAGGUUUCACUGUAACAAUAUAUUCUAUGGUACUCUCUUUCGUAGGUACUGGAGAAAUGUGUACACUUCUUGUCAUCAAAGUCUCCAUGGCUGCGUCUGUUGGUCCUUGACACAAUAGAAGCUGGUGUCCUUGCUCUAAGACAGUCAGAAGAUCAGCUUCUGCCCAUGAUUCAUCGUGUAUGGCCACCAAUGGUCAAAAGAUUUACAGAUGAUGAACAGGUAAUUCAGUUUUGUUCGCCUUGUUGUCAAUACAUUUUAUGUUCAUUAUUUCCGUUUCUGAAUAAGUUGUGAUGGUAACGCUGUUGAUACGGUAUCAUCUCUGCAUCUCUUAUUCUGCUACAAGGUUUGAUAAAGAUUAUAAAAAACAGGACUUGAAAAGUAUUCUGCAGUUGAUCAAUUAUGAUACUUUAAUCCUGUAAAUAUAGGCAAUCUAGAUCCUUGAAAGGUAUGAAUACGUCGAAAAUGAAGAGGAUUCUUAGUCUGCAAAAGGAGCUACAGAGUACAUGCAAAGCAAGAUGACGUUGAGUGUCCAUCGUCAAAUCAAAUGGAUACUUAAACACAUCCACGUGUUUCUGGAUGUCUUAUUUGUUGUCCUAAUUGUUCUAAUAAAAAAUUUUGCAUAAUGGCUGUUCACCUGUGAUGAAUAAAAGUUGCUGAUUAUGAAUAUAAGGGCUAUUUUAUUGCGUUAUUAAGAGCUUCACCAAUACUAGGUAUAUUGAUGUCAAAACACCACUAAACACUUACAAAUUCUAGUUUGCUCUGAAACCUGAACUCUUGAAAAUGAGUUCGUAAAAGAUCCUAAGUGUUUGCGGUCACCAGUGUUUGCUGCGUCACCAAGAUUAUAUCUAACUACGUUAACUUUUUUUUUAUUAGUGCGCAUCUCUAUCUCUCCUUCCCAACCAAAGAGAAGACUAAAACAUCCUCAAUCGUUCGUUGUUCACAGAUGAUUACAUUGUUCCUACAUUUUAACAGGUAGUAACCAUCAAAGCUGUGAACGUGCUGAGCACAAUGGCUGAAACAUCCGGCACCUUCAUGCAGCGCCGAGUGGUUAAAGAUGCCAUUCCUCCCAUGAUCCAGUUCCUGGAUAAACAGGCCGCAGUGAGCCUGAAAGCAGGCCCGGUCUACUCGCAGUCUCAAGCAUUCAAGCUACAGUUGGCUGUAUUGAGGAGCUUGGGCCGCCUUUGCAAACAGCUGGAGGUCGCUGAUGCUAGUCUUAGUCCUGUGGUCUGGACUUGUAGCCAGUACCUAAGCUGUCGGCAGCCUAAAGAACUUCAGCAGGUGAGUGUGUUUGAGAUUUUUUAGCAAUAUUUGCUAAGAUUUGAUGAAAUGAAGAUUUUUGUGUGGUAGAAAGUUGUUAAGGACGUUUCUUAAUUCUCCGCCAACGGCAAAAAGGAAAAGUCAAAUCAUAAUUACAAAAUUAAUAAAUCCAGUGACUCUUGAAGUACGAUGAUAACCUCCUGCCCAACAAGGUGCCAAGCUUGUGCAACGACAAAAGGUGACAGCGACGACGGCUGGUGGGGGGGCUACUUAGACCAAACACACUUUCCCACUUAAAAACUAUAGGGGAAACCUUUGAACGCAAUGAUUUGUGGGAUUGUUUGGGUACAAGAAAUCCUAGAAGGCCACAAAGCUUGUAUCCAUUUUCCUUAGAAUUUCUGAAGUGGGAAAUUCACGCCUUUUAAAAGAUAAUAAUUUUAGGUAUUUUAUAGCCAAAGCAAUGUUUUGUUUUCUUGUGUUUUUGUUGCAGAUGGCUAUCACCACCUUCAACAACUUUGCGUCAGUAGAGCCUGAUCUUAUCUGGCUGAGUUUAAACGAUUUGUAUUGUCCUGAAGAACUAACACCACCACAUGAAGCCCUCAGACCUGUCAAGCUAGCAGGGACUGGCGCUCAAAGCAAGGAAUAUGUUGAGAAUGUGACUGCUCUGCUGUCUGCAAUUUGAGUGAUCAUGGUUAAGCUGCUUGGAUCUGAUCUAGCUGGGCGUAAAAGACUUUUUCUCUGCUAAGAAACUUACUCCAUCACAUGUGACAUUUAUACCUGUCAAGCUUGUAGGGACACACUUCAUUAUGAGGAAUUAACGUUUACAUAAAGUCCAUUUCCGCCCGCAAAUAGCAGGUGCUAGUAGAAGCGGGCGGAACUGGGAUUAGUGCUCAAAGCAAGGAAUAUGCUGAGAAUGUGACUGCUUUGUGUGAUCACUGUAGAGCUGGUUAGAUCUGAUCUAGCUGAGCUUAGAGCACGUUUGCUUUCCCAAGAAAAUUACUCCUCCACGUGAGACAUUUGAACUUGUUAAGCUACAGGCCAAGGUGUAGCGGGGUCUGCCCCCCUGGUGGGGCGGAGGCUGUUACCGUAUUUGUCAUUCAGUUUGUGAGGAAAAUUGUUCAGUUGUAACGACAGAAAAUUCAGAUUUCAGGGAAUUUAAUUUGAAAACUGACUUCUGUAGCAACCUUGUGUUACAGCAGCUCACUCUAAGCUACACUCUCAAAGGGCCAACAUGAGCUGCCCAUUUUAGAUUGGCCUAGGAAAUGAAAGUUGUUCGCUCAGCGUGAUUGUUAGCUCUUCCGCUUGCUCUUUUUGUCUUUGAGUGGGGUCUCCGUUAAUUCAGCUAUUGGAAAGGACACAUUAAAGUGACAAAUUAUGAGAGCUGGAGCAAUCGUGAGUUAGAGAGAACACGAAUUCACAAUAUUGAUCGCGUUUUCGGCUUUCACGAUUAGUACUCAGUGUAACGUUGUAAAUGCACAGUCGUGUUCCACAUGUAUUCUUCGUUGGUGCUAAUACUGAGCACCAAUAUUCUAUGGCCAAGGAUUGAACCAGGAGCCCAUAAACUGCAGCGAGCAACUCCCAUAAUAGGCCAAUGUCACGGCGUUUUACCUUUUACGGACCAGGUUAUUUUUAGAUAAAUUUCAGAGUAGUUUUCCCCCGUGAAAAUGAGAGCUUUCCUCCGUUUAUGAGCUCAUUCGAAGUUUACGAUUUGAAAAGGGAAAACUAAACGUCAUUAGAAGGUCAAAAUAUCAUUUUCAGGUCUGUAGGUUUGGCUGGCUGGUUUGUGGCACUUAGAAGAUAUUCUUAAUUCGUGCCUAAGCGCGCCAAAAUUGCUCCGCCGGUGAAAAGGUCGUAACACGGGUACGUGGUAGUCACACGCUCCGGGUUUUAGGCUCCUCUUGAAAGUCACUUGUUUUAGAUAGGAAGGUUGUGUUCGUAAUUUGUAUUCGACCCAAGUAGUAAAUGGAGAUUGGUCCCACUUCGCUGAAAAUAAUGUUAACUCUUUCUCGUAUGUACUCUGUGUACUAGGUCCAACGUUUUUAAAAUAUCUGCAUCUAGGGCUAGCACUGAAGUUGCCUCGUCUAGUUGC